CCGCUCUCCACCGUCUUCUCAUUUCUUGCGCCGCCGAUAACUCCGAUGAGGUGAUCAAUGCCCUAAUAGCCGAUCUCGACUCCUCCUCCGCCUCAAUCGAUCAACAGCGCCGCGCAGCCAUGGAACUCCGCCUCCUCGCCAAGCACAACCCCGAUAACCGUCUCAAGAUCGUACGCGCAGGUGCGGUCGGCCCUCUCGUUUCCCUCAUCUCCCAUCCCGACCCCCUCCUUCAAGAAAACGGCGUCACCGCAAUCCUCAAUCUCUCCCUCUGCGACGAGAACAAAGAUCUGAUCGCCGCAUCCGGCGCCAUUAGACCUCUCAUACACGCCUUGAGGGUCGGCACCCCCGCCGCGCGUGAGAACGCCGCGUGCGCCCUACUUCGUCUUUCACAGAUCGAGGAGCAUAAGGUCACAAUCGGUCGAUACGGCGCCAUCCCGCAUCUCGUGAAUCUGCUCCAGACCGGCACACCCCGCGGGAAGAAGGACGCCUCCACUGCUCUUUACUCCCUCUGCUCCACUAAAGAAAACAAGAUCCGAGCCGUCAAGGCGGGGAUCGUUCGUCCUCUUCUCGAUCUGAUGGCUGAUUCGGAGUAUGGUAUGGUCGAUAAGGCCGCGUACGUUCUCCAUGCCGUCGUCGGCGUGCCGGAGGGUUUGACCGCCGCUGUUCGGGAAGACGGCAUCCCCGUUCUCGUUGAAGUUGUGGAGAUCGGAACCCCGAGGCAGAAAGAGAUCGCUGCUUCAACACUCAUUCUGAUCUGCGAGGAGAGCACUCACUACUGCUCAAUGGUGGUUCGAGAAGGCGCCAUUCCGCCGCUCGUCGCCAUGUCUCAGUCCGGCAGCUCACGCGCCAAGCAGAAGGCGGAGGCGCUUAUUGAUCUGUUACGGCAGCAGAGGGUCGGGUGCAGCGGGUAGACGUUGAGGACACGUGUCGGAUAUUGAAGCCAUUUGCGAGUCUGCGUUGAUAUCAUGAUAGGCUGCCGCGUGGGCUGUGUAGAUGUUCGAUCGCCCCCCCCAAGUGAGUGUACAUUUCUGUAGAGCUAUUGGCCGCUUAAUUGAAGUUUUAGCGUUCUGUUUUCUUUCUUUUUUUUUUCAAAAAAAGGUUUUACAAGAUAUUUUUUUCUUCUGUGGAAUUGUGGUUUUGGAAAAGAUCCUUUUUUUU